AGAGUAUAUCUGCCUAAUAUAGGGUAUAUGCUAGAUAGUAGAUACAACCUACAAGGUAAGUAUUGGUCGACUCCAUCUCUAGUAUCUCCAAAGUCAAAAUCAGAGCUGCAGGCUGAACGGUUGGAGCCUGAUUACCCCUCACCCAUGAUACCAAACCCCAUCUUUCGUCUAAGGGAUUCUCCAUCGCUUCCAACAACCUUUACAGCUUACAUGCCGACACUCACUAGUCCUUGAAACCCUAUGGCAAACUUCCUCCGAGAGUUCUUUGGCGGCCGUAACGCGCCGGCGCAAGAGGCCCCCGCCAUCGCACAGCCCGCAAAGUCACAGCCCGCAAAGGCACCGCCCGACCCACGUAUCCGCGCUCGAACACUUCGGAUAUGCUCGAUCCCAUCGCGUGUCACGGAGAACGAGUUCCGGGCCUACCUGAAAGAAUUGCUUGGAUACGAUGAUUUCUUUCUCUCGUUCGUGCCUUCGAAGGGUCACAUAACGGCGACGAUUACUCUCACGAGCGGGGAGCCCUCGACUCUUUUGGCGUGUUCUUCGGGUAAACGAAUAUACCUGCCCUACCAGGGAGCAGUAAUCGGCCUCGUGGUUGACUGCGACUUUCUCGGGAUGACGCCGUUGUACAGUGCCGCAGAGCCUGCCGUCGACAUUGUCGCUGUCACGGGCCUCGCCGGCCAUGCCUACGGAUCCUGGAAGUCUCGGGACCAGCCGUGGAUGUGGCUGCGGGAUUUUCUGCCGUCGGAACUCGAAGGGCGUGGCUACCAAGUGCGGAUCCUCACCUUUGGCUACGACUCGGCUCUCGUAAACACCACAGCCACACCCUCGAUCCAGCACUACGCCAGGACACUUUUGGACAGUCUGAACAGCGAACGUAAUCGCGACAAUGAACGCCGACGUCCAAUAAUCUUCAUAGGCCACAGCCUUGGUGGUUUGGUCAUCAAACAGGCACUCGCGGAUGCAUCUCAGCAAAAAGGACAGUACGACAACGAUCAAGCGAUCCUGGACUCGUGCACUGGACUCUUUUUCUUCGGCGUCCCCAACCGAGGACUUGAUGCCAAGAAUUUGAGGACGUUGGUGAAGGACCAGAAGAACGAACACUUCAUCAAUGAUCUGAGAGAAGGAUCGGAGCUGUUGUGGCAGGCCUAUCAACGCUUCCUACAAGGAGUUGAGCUGCAAGGCUGCCAGAUCACGUCGUUCUACGAGCUCAAAGAUACUCAAACCGUGAUCAUCGGCCCGGAUGGGAGUUGGAAGAGAAGUGGCGAGAUGAUACGGGUUGUAACACGGGACUCUGCUACUUUCUCUCUACCCACCGAGGCCAUUCACAGACAAGUAGGGAUCAAUGCCGACCACUCGGACAUGGUCAAAUUCACCGACAACUGCGAUAAUCACUACAUCACAGUAAGGGAGAGACUGUCAGAUUCGGUUAUCGGCCGGGAGGAAGACGGCCCGUGGGAGAGCGACACGAAGCCUGUGUUCAUGGUCCCCUCGGGUGCGAAUCCGGAAUUUAUCGGCAGGGAUGAGAUAUUCGACCGAAUCGAAUCGUUAUUACUUCCCGAUGGGAAAGGUCAACGGCGGGCCGCACUGUACGGACUCGGAGGAAUUGGGAAAACGACGAUUGCGAUCGAAUUCUGUCACCGACGAAAGGAAGCACAACCAGGCGAUCAUGUCUUUUGGGUGUAUGCCGACUCGCAUGAGAGCUUCAACGACAGUUACCUGGAGCUGGGCCAGAAGGCCGGUUUUCUGGAUGACAAAAUGUGCGAUGAAAAGGGAAUGAAGGUCGUCAAGGACUGGCUGGAUAGCCCGGCCAGCUGCAACUGGAUCAUGAUUAUCGACAACUUCGACGACGUUGACUCGUACCCAGCGAAAUAUCUUCCGUUAAACCGUGGUGCGAUCUUAUACACAAGCCGCGACGGAAGGCUCGUCGGAAAUUAUGUGGCUUCUGCUGCGGGAGUGCACAUCACUGCUAUGAGCAAUGAAGAAGGACUGGCGAUGUUGUCGAAGCUUCUAGUUGUCGAAGGAGCCAUCACUACGGUCAAUUCGGAAGACGUUCUCGAGCUUCUGCACCAGCUAGAAUAUCUGCCACUGGCAAUAGCACAGACGGCCGCCUAUAUACGAGAAACCGGGGUUGAUGUAUCGAUCUACCUCGAGAUGUUCAAAGAAUACCGCAAGGGACGCAGCCCGCGCGCGGUGACCGUGACCUGGAAGCUGACCAUCGACAAAAUCAAGGAGAAGAACCCUAAUUCUGUGCAGCUUCUGGAAGUCAUGAGCUUCCUCAGCCCCGACGAGAUACCGAAGGGGCUAUUGAGAGCUAUUCCAUCCUUCAAGAAUGCUAGUGGUGUACUAUUCAGCAAGGCAUUUGCACCGCUUCUGAGCUUCUCGCUCAUCUAUCCGCUCGAAUCUGCCAAAUAUCGCCUGCACCGUCUCGUCGGAUUGUUGAACGGUAGUUUCGAGGAGGGUGGAUCCCAGGCUACUGUGGGAGGUUUGGCUCUACAAUACAACUUGGGAAAUAUCCUGGGACAAAGUGGGAAUCUCGUAGAAGCUGUGGUGUGGAGCCAGCGGGCACUGGACGGCUAUGAGAAGGUCCUCGGAAAAGACCACCCCAACACUCUCGACUCUGUCAACAUGGCGGUCAUUUUUAAUGCACAAGGAGACUACAGCAAAGCCUUAUUGUGGUACCAGCGAGCACUCGACGGCCGGGAGAAGGUCCUCGGAAAAGACCACCCGGGCACUCUCAACUCUGUCUACAACAUGGCUGCCACUCGUUAUGCACAAGGAGACUACGGCAAGGCCUUAUAG